GUUACAACUAUGAACAUGCAAACCAUAAUGACACAGAAACACCUAGAGCAAUUUUGGGACUUUUGCAGGAAACGACUAAAGCGGGAACCUGUUCAGUAUAUCAUAGGAGAAUGGGAUUUUUGUGAUAUCACACUGAAGAUGAAGCCACCUGUUCUGAUUCCCAGGCGGGAAACUGAGGAGUUGGUUAAUUUGGUUGAAGAGGAACUCAAUACUCGGUUUCCCAAUGGGGCAACAGUUUUGGACGUGGGGUGUGGCAGUGGUGCCAUCUCACUUGCACUUGCUAAGCAUAGACCAAAUGACCGAAUCAUGGCAGUGGACAUGUCCUUAGAUGCUUGUUGUCUUACCAGAGAAAAUGCAAAGAUGCUAAAUUUGGCAGACAGAGUUGCAAUUCACCAUCUUGAAGUUGAGGCUGGUACAAUCGGCAUUGGUGGGUGCGACAAGUUUGAUAUGAUAAUCAGUAAUCCGCCAUACAUUCGCAAUGACAACAUGCAACAGUUGGCACCAGAAGUUGCUUGGUAUGAGGAUCACCAUGCGCUCUGUGGUGGUAUGAGCGGUAUGGAAACUAUCAGGAAAGUUUUGCUAUUUUCCUGCUCUGCUCUGAAUAUAAAUGGUUCUUUAUGGUUGGAGGUUGCCCUUGAUCAACCACAUGUUCUUCAGCGGUAUGUUGCCAGAUUUCUUCCCAUGUUGCGUUUUGUAGGAACAUACACAGACUUCUCAAACAGAUUACGUUUUUGCAAACUAAAGAAGUUAUAAACAUCCUCCAGGACAAGGUAAACUGUCAGACUGGCCCAAUAAAGACAGCUAUCCAGUCAAGUCCAGAGUGGCGUAACCAAUUGACCACAUUCACAUUAUUCACAUUGUUACAAUCACAUUUGCGUGGAUCAUCAUGCAGGAAUAUGCAAUUUCAUCAUAGCUGCAUGUUAUUAGUUAUUUCCUUAUGAUAUUCAUCAUUAAAAUUGUUAGGCAGCACAUGAUCAGCACAGUGUUGCUAUUCAUAUAGAUUUUCUUUUUUUGUGAAUAAAUGUUUCUACUAUGAGCAUUCUA